AAAGUUCUCCACGAAAUGCAGAAAGUGCUAACAUUGACUCAAGAGGAAUGUUUACAGACCAAAGAACGUGAACCAACAGAUCGAAUUCCUCUGGUUACUACAUUCAACCCCCAUACCACAUUUAUUGCAGAAAUUGCUAAACGAAAUUGGAACUUUCUCAAAUCAAAAGAAAGAUUAUCACUCAUCUUCAACAAGCCACCUUUAGUAGCUUACCGACGACCGAAAAGUCUACGAGACAGACUUGUUCGUUCAAGAUUUGUAAAUGAAACACCUCAGAAUUUGAUACCAAAGGGAUGUAGAGCAUGUGAAAGAACGAAGUGUAGUUGGUGUAAAAAGAUCAACCAGACCACAACUUUCACCAGUCCCAAUAACAACAAGACCUAUACCAUAUUUCAUACAGUGGACUGCCAAUCGUCAUGGAUCAUUUACAUAAUCGAGUGCAACAUUUGCAAACUUCAAUACAUUGGCAAAAGCGAAACUGCAUUUAACCUACGGUUAAACAAUCACAGAAACCAUAUUAAAAAGGGAGUGAGUAGCUGCGAACUCACGGAACACUUUUUACAUAACAAACGAACUCACGACUUUAACAAUAAUGUUACCAUAACCAUUAUAGAGCAAAUCCGAUCUCAUUUAGAGACUGACAAAAAGAAAGAAGUUCUUAGAGAAAGAGAGAUUUUUUGGCAAAGAACAUUAAACUCCUUUCAGCCAUAUGGACUAAACAAAAGAACUGGAUGA